AUGUCGUCCCUCGAAGACCUCGGCGACGUCAACAGGCGGGAUCAGGACGACAAGAAGAAGGACGACGGCAACAAGGAUAAGGACCGCCAGGCCACUGUCGCUGAUGCCAAUGACGAUGCCGACAUGGAGGAUGCCGAGCACGAGGAGGACGUUCUCGACGACGAGAUUCUGGGCCUCAGCACCCAGGACAUCCAGACCCGCAAACGCCUGUUGGAGAACGACUCUAGGAUUAUGCGCAGUGAGGUGCAGCACUUGACGCACGAGAAGGCGACCAUGGGCGAGAAGAUUAAGGAGAACAACGACAAGAUUGCCAACAACAGGCAAUUACCGUAUCUCGUCGGCAACGUUGUCGAGCUCCUGGAUCUCGACCCCACAGCAGAGUCCUCCGAAGAGGGCGCCAACAUUGACCUCGACGCCACGCGCGUCGGCAAGUCCGCCGUAAUCAAGACGUCCACACGACAGACCAUCUUCCUGCCGCUGAUCGGCCUUGUCGAUCCCGCAACCCUGAAGCCUGGCGACCUUAUUGGUGUCAACAAGGACUCGUACCUCAUUCUCGACACACUCCCUGCCGAGUACGACAGCCGUGUCAAGGCCAUGGAGGUUGACGAGAAGCCGACGGAGAAGUACACCGAUGUUGGUGGUCUGGACAAGCAGAUUGAGGAGCUCGUCGAGGCCAUUGUGUGGCCGAUGAAGGAGGCUGACCGUUUCAAGAAGAUUGGCAUCAAGGCCCCCAAGGGUGCUCUGAUGUACGGACCUCCCGGAACCGGCAAGACGCUGCUCGCGCGAGCUUGCGCCGCUCAGACGGACGCCACGUUCCUCAAGCUAGCCGGCCCCCAGCUGGUGCAGAUGUUCAUUGGUGACGGUGCGAAGCUGGUGCGCGACUGCUUUGCUCUGGCCAAGGAGAAGGCGCCUGCGAUUAUCUUCAUCGACGAGUUGGACGCCGUCGGCACGAAGCGAUUCGACAGCGAGAAGAGUGGUGAUCGUGAGGUGCAGCGAACCAUGUUGGAGCUCCUCAACCAGCUGGACGGUUUCGCGUCGGACGACCGCAUCAAGGUGCUCGCAGCGACGAACCGUGUGGACGUGCUCGACCCCGCGCUGCUACGUUCUGGCCGUCUCGAUCGCAAGAUUGAAUUCCCGCUGCCAAACGAGGAGGCCCGCGCUCAGAUUCUCAAGAUCCACUCACGCAAGAUGAGGGUGGACCCUGCCGUCAACUGGGACGAGCUGGCGCGCAGCACUGACGAGUUUGGUGGUGCCAUGCUCAAGGCGGUGUGCGUUGAGGCGGGUAUGAUUGCGCUGCGAGGUGGCAAAGAAAAGAUUGGCCACGAGCACUACGUCGAUGCCAUUGCGGAGGUUCAAGCGAAGAAGAAGGAUACUGUCAACUUUUACGCUUAG